ACCGCAAGCCUCCCCAUCAGCGCCUCCAGUCAGUGAGGGCCCCGCCCCUGUCUGGUGGCCUGUGUGUGGAUUGCGGCCUCUGGUGCGGGUGUCUGCGCUGCUCCGGCUGGGCCCAACGCAGUCCACCCAGCUAGGGGAAGGAGGUGAGGGUGGUGGGCGCUCAGUGGGGCAAGAGAAGGGAUAGCCUGGCAGGCCUCAUCUCUGUUGCCUCCGUUGGUCUGUCUGGGUGUCAUGUGUGUGCCCGAUCUCUGUCCCCUCUUGGCUUCUCUCUGUCUGCCUGUGUCCUUGCCUUGGCCUGACUCCCUCCCUCCGUUUCUCUCCACUCUCCCAACCUGCCCCACCUCCUCUGCAGCCCCACGAUAACCCCUGGGCAAGAGUGUUACCUAAUCUCCUCGCUCCUGGCAGCCUCAGACCUUCACCCUCUGCCUUUCUGUCUCCCAGCAGACGCCUGCCUGGCCUGGCAGCCAUGAGGCCCCCCUGGUGUCCCCUGCACACGCCCUCCCUGGCUUCCCCAAUCCUGCUCUUCCUCCUCUUCCUCCUGGGAGGAAGGGCAGAGGCUGAGGACCCGGAGCUGCUGGUGACUGUGCGUGGGGGCCGGCUGCGGGGCAUCCGCCUAAUGGCCCCUGGGGGCCCUGUCUCCGCUUUUCUGGGCAUCCCCUUCGCAGAGCCACCUGUGGGCCCCCGUCGCUUUCUGCCACCGGAGCCCAAGAGGCCCUGGCCGGGGGUGCUGGACGCCACAGCCUUCCAAAGUGUCUGCUACCAAUAUGUGGACACCUUGUACCCCGGCUUCGAGGGCACCGAGAUGUGGAACCCGAACCGUGAGCUGAGUGAGGACUGCCUCUACCUCAAUGUGUGGACACCAUACCCCCGGCCUGCGUCCCCCACCCCUGUCCUCGUCUGGAUCUACGGGGGUGGCUUCUACAGUGGGGCCUCCUCCCUGGACGUGUAUGACGGCCGCUUCCUGGCCCAGGCUGAGGGAACCGUGCUGGUGUCCAUGAACUACCGGGUGGGAGCCUUUGGCUUCUUGGCCCUGCCAGGGAGCCGGGAGGCCCCAGGCAACGUGGGUCUGCUGGAUCAGAGGCUGGCAUUGCAGUGGGUGCAAGAGAACGUGGCCGCCUUCGGGGGCGACCCAACGUCAGUGACUCUGUUUGGGGAAAGCGCCGGUGCUGCCUCGGUGGGCAUGCACUUGCUGUCCCCUCCCAGCCGGGGCCUUUUCCACAGGGCUGUGCUGCAGAGCGGUGCACCCAAUGGCCCCUGGGCCACGGUGGGCGUGGGAGAGGCCCGCCGCAGGGCCACACUGCUGGCCCGCCUCGUAGGCUGUCCCCCAGGAGGUGCCGGUGGCAAUGACACAGAACUGGUUGCCUGCCUGAGGACAAGGCCCGCUCAGGACCUGGUAGACCACGAGUGGCACGUGCUGCCUCAGGAAAGUGUCUUCCGCUUCUCUUUCGUGCCUGUGGUGGAUGGAGACUUCCUCAGUGACACACCCGAGGCCCUCAUCAACGCUGGAGACUUCCACGGUCUGCAGGUGCUGGUGGGUGUGGUGAAGGAUGAGGGCUCCUAUUUUCUGGUUUACGGGGCCCCAGGCUUCAGCAAAGACAACGAAUCUCUCAUCAGCCGGGCCCAGUUCCUGGCCGGGGUGCGGGUCGGGGUCCCCCAGGCGAGUGACCUAGCUGCCGAGGCUGUGGCCCUGCAUUACACAGACUGGCUGCACCCUGAGGACCCAGCGCGCCUGAGAGAGGCCAUGAGUGAUGUCGUGGGAGACCAUAACGUCGUGUGCCCCGUGGCCCAGCUGGCUGGGCGACUGGCUGCCCAGGGGGCUCGGGUCUAUGCCUACAUCUUUGAACACCGCGCAUCUACGCUCUCCUGGCCCCUGUGGAUGGGGGUGCCCCAUGGCUACGAGAUCGAGUUCAUCUUUGGACUCCCUCUGGAACCCUCGCUAAACUAUACGGCCGAGGAGAGAACCUUUGCCCAGCGACUGAUGAGAUACUGGGCCAACUUCGCCCGCACAGGGGACCCCAAUGACCCCCGGGACCCCAAAGUCCCUCAGUGGCCACCGUACACGGCGGGAGCGCAGCAGUACGUGAGCCUGAACCUGCGGCCGCUGGAGGUGCGCCGGGGGCUGCGCGCCCAGGCCUGCGCCUUCUGGAACCGCUUCCUCCCCAAAUUGCUCAGCGCCACCGACACACUGGACGAGGCGGAGCGCCAGUGGAAGGCCGAGUUCCACCGCUGGAGCUCCUACAUGGUGCACUGGAAGAACCAGUUUGACCAUUACAGCAAGCAGGAUCGCUGCUCAGACCUGUGACCCAGACGGGACCCCCACGUCUCCCCGCCCAGCUCGCCCCGUCCGGCCCACUAGCUGUAUAUACUUAUUUAAGGGCUGGGUUAUAAUACGGAGGAGCCCUAGACCCUACCUCCCCACCCCGAGUAUCCCCGGAGGCUCCCCGUCCUCUGCAUGUCUCGGGCCGAGCCCCUCCCCCGCGGUGCCUUCGCCCCUCUGGGCUGCCAAUAAACUGUUACAGCCACAGCAGUGUGCGCGACUAGGAGCGGGGACCGGGCCUCAAACACCAGGGCUGAGUAGACAGAGCGGGGCGGGUGUGACAGCCACCCGAACUUGCAGACCUCUGUAGCCGGGCGGAGCGUGCCGGCUCCCACCACGCUACCCCGCUGCGCCCACCGCCCCGCGCCCCGCCUCAGAAGGCGGGGCUCUCGCCUGCGCAGUAGCGACGGCUGCGCGGCGGUGCAUUGUGGGAGCCCUGCGGCUGGCGCUUUACCCGCGACUGCGGCUCGGGACUCUGCGCUGCGGGAGACCGGCGAGAACGUCCCCGAGAGCCCGCACGCCGGUCCUGCCUGCGGCUAGCUCAAGACCCAGGUCCAAGAGGAAGCGCUGGAGCCGGAGUUCUGUCCGCACCGCCAGGACGCGUCUACC